AUGGUUAAUGGAUUCUUAGGAGGCUUAAUUAACAAAACAAGAUCACUUCUUUUUCGUUGCAUAUCGUGUGGUCCGAUCCCACAACAUAUCGCAUUCAUCAUGGACGGGAACCGAAGGUUUGCCAAGAAAUGGCARCUGGACGAGGGUGCGGGCCACAAAGCCGGGUUUCUAGCACUCAUUUCGGUCCUAAAAUACUGUUACGAGAUGGGAGUCAAGUAUGUAACAGUCUACGCAUUCAGCAUCGACAAUUUCAACCGACGCCCAGAUGAAGUCCAAUACAUAAUGGACUUAAUGYGUGAAAAGAUCGAAGCCUUCUUKAAAGAAGUUGAUAUUGUGMACAAAUAUGGUGUUCGAGUGUUGUUUAUAGGCGAUMUUGACCGUUUACAUGAACCAGUUAGGAUCGCGGCUAAGCAGGCAAUGGAAGUCACCGCAGGCAACACCAGAACCUACCUUUUGAUCUGUGUGGCAUAUGCGUCGUCGUACGAGAUCCAACGUGCGGUUACGUAUGCAUGUCAAGAGAAGAGMGKUGGGGUUCYGGAAUUGAGUGUAAACGGGAAUGGAAACGUGAGCGGGAUCGGAGACCAGGCGAUAAAGGUGGGGGAUUUGGAGAARCAUAUGUAUAUGAGGGUGGCUCCRRAUCCGGAUAUUAUGGUGCGGAGUUCAGGUGAGACGAGGCUAAGCRACUUUCUGCUAUGGCAAACGACCAACUGUGUGUUGUAUUCGCCGAAAGCGUUGUGGCCGGAGAUGGGGUUGCGGCAGGUCAUUUGGGGGAUUUUGAAGUUUCAGAGGAAUUACUAUUACUUGGAGAAGAAAAAGAAGUCGGAUUAA